AUGACAACGGUGACAGCGUACUUCCUCGCCGCCGCCGCCCUCGCCGCCCAGGAGGCCGCCGCCUACUCCUACGGCUACUGCUACGACCGCUAUGGCCGUGAGUACUUCCGUUUGUUGCAGGCUGACAAGAAACAGGUGUCUACCGCUGCCGCCGCGGCCUCUCGUACGGCGCACGCGUCGGUAUCGGAGUCGGCGUCGGUGUCGGCGUCUUCCUCCUCAUCAUGCUCCUUGGCGGAUGCUGCCAGCGCCGAGCACCGCACCGAGAGACUUGCUCGCAUCCACGUUGUCCUCGUCGUCAUCGUCCUUGGCAGCUUGGGCGAGAGUGGCUUCGUCGGGACAGACGGCACCUACGGCUCGUACAGCCAGUACGGCGGUGCCGGCCCCACGGAGCCCGAGACCGCGUACACGGGCGACGGCAAGGCGACCGCGGGCGCAGGCGAGGCCGCGAGCUACUACGGCUCGGCCGCGAACCCGAGCAACAACUACACGACCCCGGCCAGCAACAACCUGGAGAGCCACUCUUAUGAGUAUGAGCAGGCCGCUGCCAAUGGCCAGACCCCCGCCGCACCGCCCCCCGCCUACGGCACCAACUCGGGCCAGGGCUUCGCGCCUCCCGCUGGCCCGCCCCCGGGGCAGAGCUACGCUCCUCCCUCGGGCCCGCCUCCCAAGUCGUAA